GGCUUCUGUGCUGCACAAUACAAAACAGCAUCGUAUUUGAACUCUAUUAUUGCUCUUAAAUAAUAUUAAAUAAAAUGUAAAUUUGAACAAUAAAAUAAAUACUUUUAUGCAAAAAGAAACAUAAAUUAUACUUACAACAAAAUCAAAUUGCAACUUAAUAAAAACAAAACUAAUAUUUGCAAAUAUGCAAUAAUUUCGUAUAAAACGAAAAAAUAUUGGAAAGAAAAAAAAAAAAGAAAAUACAAAUAAAACAAGAAGAGAGUGAAGAAGAAGAAGCAGCAGCAGAAAAGUCAUAUAAAACAGGAAAUAUUCAACACACAACAUAAAAGUCUGAAAAGCAAAUGGCCAUUGAAGACGACAAAUAACUUAGAAAAAUGUAUUUAUUGGUUCAUUUUUGGUCCACAAAAGUAAUAUAGUUAGAUACACGCAAUUAAAUACAAACUUUUACAAUUGAUUAAAGUGAAAAAAGUUGCUUAAGUAAAGUAGAUAACAACGUUUAUUUUUGAUUAGCAAGUAUAAGACAAGAACUCUUGUCCACAUCUUGUAAAGGAAUUUGAAGACGUGUGAGUGCUUUUUUAUUGGUCGAGGAAGUGUUUUUCAAUAUUGUUGGAAACAUUCUACAGGCCAUAUGAUAUAAUUAGAUGAUUGCUUGACACUUUGACAAUAUGGAAAAUAAUAUCGAUAGAACAGCAGAUGAAAGUCUCGAUUCAGUACCACAACCAACAUACGAAGCAUUGGAAGAAGCCGAAGAUGUGGAAGAAUGUAAUAGUAUAAGUCAGACUAUGGAAUCAGAAGUCCAUUUAAAUGAUUAUGUAGUCGAGGAAAAAGACAAUGAAGAUGAGGAUGAUGUUGAUGGUGAUGAUGAUGAUGGUCAAUCUGAUUCAGAUCAUGAAAUGGAAAAAGAAUCUAAAGAUGAUGAACAUUCAGAUUCGGAUCAUGACAUGACAAAAGAAUCUAAAGAAGAACCUUCAUUAACUUCAACCUCAGGCACCCAUCAUAAUGAAAAUAACGUGCCACAUUCAAAUGAAGGCAAUCGUAUUGAAGAUGAAGAUUUCUCUUUGGAAUACGAUGAAGAGGAAGAUAUGUGUGAUGAAUUUGCUCAAGAAGGUUCACAAGGUUCAUAUGUAGAACAUAUUACAGCCGAUAAUAAAAAUAGUGAUCCUUUAAUAGUACAGGGUAAUGAUGGCAUGAUUAAGAAAAUUAAAAUCUGCAAUACUUCAAAAGAAGUAGCCAACGAUAAGACAGAAAUUAAAACAAAAAAAUCUUUAAAUAGUUCUCAUAUUGAUGGGCAUAAUCCAAAACUACAGCCGCGCAGUAGUACUCCCAUGUCAAGGGAAUAUUUAGCAUUACAAAGAUCUGUAAAUGAAUCAAAAAUAUUAACAGAAUUUGUUACUGAAGUAGCGAAUGAAAAACCGCGCAAAGUUAGAUCUAAAGAUACAACACCCACAGCAGAACAUUCGUAUUCGACAACAGUGAGAAAAAGUAAUCAAUUGACACCGGAAAAAGUCCAUCCAGAUGAUAGAUAUCAUAGUAUUAGUCCUUCACAGGGUAAACGUCAGCAUAGCAAACGUUUUGUGCCCCUUAAGGAAAGUGAUUGUGAUGCAGAUUCCUCUUCUCAUUUAAGGCCAAGAUCUCGCAGUAAAAGUAUGCACAAUACUGAACUAAAUCAGACGGGUUCACAUAAAAAACUUAAGAAAUGGCCCUCAGAGGAACGUAUACACAAACGAACAAAUAUGCGUUCAGAAAAUUCGGAAUUUGCUCAAAAACAAAUGGAAUUUCUACAACGUGUUAUUCAUGCUUGCGAAAAUCCCGGUAGUCGUUCAAGAUCACGUUCACGUUCAGAUGGAGGUACAACGGGCAGUGGUGGUGUAGUACAACAACAGCAGUUGCAGCAGCAGCAACAACCACAACAAAAAACUCAUAAAAGUAGUAGUAAAGAUCGUAAUUCGAAACGUAAUAAAUAUGAGAUGAGUUCGGAAAAUGACGAACAACAACAGAUGUCUCAACUUUUGGGAGAAAAUGUCAAUGAACAGGCCGAUGAUGAAUCGGUUAAUGAAAGUCAGGCUUCACUAAUGGGCAUAAGUUCAUUGGGUGACGCUACGCUGGGGGAUAAUGACGAAGUGGAAGCACGUUUGAAAUCGAUUUGGCAACCGGCACCUAAGCCCGGCUAUGACAGCUUUUGCUGGAAAUGCCACGAAAACGAAGUGAAUUUAUGUUGCUGCAAAUGUAUACGUAGUUUUCAUGCAGCCUGUGUUAAAAUUAAUAAAUUUGACAAUAUAUGGUUGUGUCCCGAAUGUACCACUGUUGAUAAUAUGCUAAAUAAUCCAAAAAGGUCACGACGUAAUGAACUAUCUUUGGAUUUGCUGAGUCAAUUAUUGUCGUUUGCUUUAAAACGUAUGCGUUAUACUAAAGGGCACUAUAACUUUGUGAUGCCCUAUGAGGAGUCAACAAUUUAUAAAAAAUACAUAGUAAAUCCCGUAACAUUAACAGAACUGCAAACAAAAAUCGAAGCAAAAGAAUUUCGUUGUGCCGAAGAAUUUGUUAAUGAAACUAAAUGGAUGUUACACAAUGCCUACAUACUCAGCAGUCGCAAUAACACGAAAAUUGUUUUAGCGGCCAAAUCAAUAUUUAAAAUAUGUCGACAGGAAGCCAAUGAAAUUGAAACCUGUGCUGAAUGUUAUUUAAAUGCUAAUACUAGAACUGAUUGGUUUGUCGAUGUGUGUUCACAGCCUCAUUUACUAUUGUGGGCUAAGCUAAAGGGUUUUCCCUAUUGGCCGGCCAAAGCUAUGGGUUUGGGCCAGAACUCUUUGAUAAAUGUACGUUUCUUUGGUGAGCACGAUAGAGCAUUUGUGCCCUUGAAAGAUUGUUUUCUAUAUUCGGAACAAGAUCCCAAUACGGCUACUGGAAAGAGAGCGGCUAGAGAAUUGGCUGAUUGUAUUAAGGAAGUUGAAGAGCAUGUGGAGAAAAUUAGAACAAAAGUGGGAGGUUUUAAAUAUGCCCCAUUCAAGACACCCUAUGAGCCAGCAGAAGAAAUGAAACAAUUGGCAGAAAUGAUGCCGGGAGUAGAGGAUUUUAUUAAAAAACAACAGGGCAUGAUAAUAAAACCUCCUUUACAAUUUAAAAUCUAUAAAACUGCCGAUAAUAACUUGUCUAUUGUGCAAAAAGCCUCACCUACGCCAGAAUUACCCAGCAGCACUCAUGAUAGUGAUGACAAGGAAAAGGAGAAAGAGAAGAAGAAAAAGUUAUCAGGUGACAACAGUGAUAUUAAGAAAUUAGAGGAAUCUAUAACCUCACCACCUAAAUAUAAAGUUGUAACAAAAGUUAGUUCAGAUGACAGUAAUUCUUCGAAACUAAGUACUGUUAUAUUAAAACGUAAGUCUAUUAAUGGGGAUUCCAAGAAAACAAAUGAGGAAGAAACGGUUGAUUUACCUUUGCCCAAAAUGACUAAAAUUGAAGAUCAGCCGUCCCUGGAGGAAGAUGUAAACAAAUUAUACACCAAACGUAAAGCAGAAACUCAGGGAGUGGAAAAGCACAAAGCUAAACAUACAAAAUUAGAACCUAAAAUACCCAUAAUGACGAUCAAGACUUCAGUGGCAAAGGAACUAAACAGUGUUAGUGUCAACGAAAGUAAUACAAAAACUACAAUCGAAUCACAAAUUAAUGAAAAGGAAACCGGAAAACAAGACAAAGAAACAACUUGUAAUACACAAAAAGUUGUGGAAAGUUUAGUAAAACAUAAGCAGGGAGUAACUAUAAAGAAAGUUGCUAAAGAACAACAAAAUUCCAAUAGUCCAGAACAGAUUUCCCUGAAUAAUUCUAAAGAAAUACCAAAAGAAGGUGCUAAACAAAUAAGUGAAGAGGAAAAGGCAAGAGAAAAUCAAAAAGUUAAUAAUAUUUUAAAAGGUUUAGUGCCAUUUGUGGAAGUUAAACAGGAAGUACUUUCCGAAAAUGAAGAGGAAGCUGAAAAAACACAGCAGAAUAAAAUAGUUGAUAAAGAAACCGUCAAGAACCCUAACAUCGAAAAUUUACAAAAGUCACAAGAUCCAAAAGAAAACAAUGUACAGAAACACAAUAACAAUAGCAAUAAAACAGAAAACAAAACUAACGAAAAACCUUUAGAGAAGGAGGAAACUAUUGGGUUAAUAACUCAGGUUAAAGAAGAGGUUUUAACUGAUGAAGAGGAGGCAAAUGUAAAUGUAAAUACUACUGCCAAUCAAACCGCUUUAAUAACUAAAGUAACUCCAAGCAGCAGCGGCAAUAUUAUUGAUAUUCCAACUCCUACCACCACAGCAGGCGAUGUACGUGUUGUGGGUGAUACUACAAUACAAAAGUUAUCUAAAAAUCCAUAUAUUUACAGCACUAGCUCAAGUACCGUUAAUAACACUAACAGUACAAGUAAUGUAAAUAGCGGCACUACAAAACGUUCCUCUUUAAAAGGUGUCCCCUAUGGUCCACUACCAGCCUCGGCUUUUCCAAAAUCCCUUAUAUCCAACAAAUCAUUCCAACAAUCUGAUAUCAGCCUACAGCCUAGAGCUAAGAAAUCUUUUCCACAACAUUCUCCACCAAUGGAAAAACUGAGACCCAGCACUAAUCAAAAUACAGCCUCACAAAUGCCCUCCCAAACUAUCAACCAACAUUUGGAUCAAAAGAGAACAAUGUCGAAAAAUACAAUGGUAGCCAUACCAGUAGAUGUGGCCACAAAUCGUGCCUCUACAUCUGCGGGCACUAUCAUUAUUGGCUCCAUACCAGUACCACCUUUAACAGCCGUCUCGAAGUCGGUGCCAUCAACGGUGGCACACAAUUCCACAGCACGAAAUUCUCCGGCCACCAUAACCGUUUCGGGAACUGCCGGCAGUCUAACAACACCCUCUAUAUUGGCACAAGCUAAAACCUCUACAACAACAGUAUCAUCAGCCACUUCUAGUACCAUUAGAAAUUCUCCUAUAACUGUAACAUCGACAUCUCUACUGGCACCAUUAAUCACAUCAUCGUCAUCAUUAUCAUCUACACCGUUGUCAACGACAUUGAAUCCCUUAACUAUGACCACACCACCUCCUCUAGCAGGUUUAUCCAACAGCAGUCUAAUUGGAACACCUCUAACAAAUGGUAUUAAUGAUGUAAAUAAUACGUCAACACUUUCUUCUUCGCCAGCAACACAACAGCCCUCUACGGAUACACAUCUAUUAGGUGGUCUGGUUACGCCUACAUUAGCCUCAGCCAUUACUGAUGUUAUUUGUAGGGGUCCACCAAAGUUAGCAGCUCGGCCAAGUGGCCCGCUACAAUCAGAAGGUCAUCCUAUGUUUCCAUCGCAGGCGGGACCUGUGUGCAAACGUUUGGUGGAGAAUGUCCAUAAGGUAAGUGAAAAAGAUGUUUUAUAG